CGGUACCGGGGUCUAAGGCCCGGAUGUUCUGCACGGUGAUGGCGCGAAGAGAGGCGUGAAGCCCGUGGCUUCAGACCCCGCUGGCCCCUGAGACCCCCCCGGGCUCCAGCAUGGGGUCCAGAACCAGAACCUGCUCCGCGGGCCUGAUGCUGCUGGUGGCUGGCACGCUGGUUUCCAUGGUGACACCCAGCUCACCUGUCGCAGGUAUGCAGGACUUGAACCGGACGUUUGAUUCUCCGCCCCCCUCGGACCAGGACUCUGGAGCUCAGGGGAUCCACCUCCUGCUGAGACCUCCAGACCUGCUGUCCCCCAGCCUCCCGCCCCCCCUGCCCCCCCACAUCCAGCCCUCCCUCACCCCCCCCCCGCCCUGGGAGCACGGCCCCUCCCUGGAGGAGGCCUGGGGGUCCGGGGACUACCUGGAGACCCUGUCCUUCAUGGUGCCGGAGGGGGUGGAGCUAUCCAGCCCCCACCCCGAGGACCAGGACCAGAUGUCUCACCAUGGGGGGGUCUGGGUGUCCUACGACAGUGACUUCCCGUCCCGGUCCACCCUCCCCCUCUCCCCCUCCUCCCCCACCGCCCCCCUGCAGACCCGCCCCUCCCCCCCAGACCUGUUCCCCUCCUGGGACGAGGACUACGACCUGGACCUGACCCCCCUGGAGCCCACGGAGCUGCUGCUGCCCGACAUGAACAGCCUGGAGUAUUACACCAACCUGCAGGCCAGGGAGAGGGAGAGGGGGCGGGACUCCCCCAUCGCUCCCACUACAACCCUCACCCCCCACCCUCCCACCACUCUGAGCUCUGGUUCUCCUCCCACCCCUCCCCUCACACUCCCACCCACCUUCACACCUGAGGAGAACCCACCAAUCACCACCGUCAGAACCACUUCUGCUCCACAACCCAGAGACAGAGCCUCGAUUCCAGGUAGACCCCGUCCUCGACCCCCGUCCAACACCACGGGCCGGGUGCCUCCCCCCCCCCCGCUGGGACCGCCCACCCGCCCCGACAGACCAGAGAGACCCCCCACGGUCACUGAGAAACCACUGAAGGGGCCCCCCACAACCACCAAGGCAACAACCACAACAACCAGGGGGACCACAACCACCAAGGGGACAACAACCACCCAGAGCACCGCCAUCAGCCUAACCAGAGCCCCCCCCGUCACCACACCCAGAGUGACCCCUCCCACCAGGCAGUACCUCUGCAACGUCACCAAGCCGGAGAUGUACCUGGUCCGAGUCGUGAGCUCCAAAGGAUCCUCAUCAGGCUUCAGCGCCGUCAGAGAUCUUCUGAAGAGAGAGUUCAAUCGCUCCGUGGAGCUGCAGUUCCUCAGAACCCCGUCCAGUUUUGCCUUCCGGGUGGUGUCCGGGCCUCUGAUCUUCACGGCGGUGUCGGUGGUCUCGGCGCUCCGCCGGGCCCCCCGCGGCUCCGGACCCGUCCCCUCCGUGGCGCCGCUGUUCAGCGAGCCGGACCUCCGGUACCAGGUCCACUCGGUGCUGCAGUUUGUCCCCGAACACGUGGACGUCCGGGUCUGCAGCUUCAGCCAGAGGGUCGAGAGAGGCCUGGUUCUGGCCUACACCGAGACCCGCCGGCGCCACCAGGAGGCGGGGAACAUCUCCGUACAGCUGCUGAACAUCACGACGGCCGUCUCUCGGCCCGCGGCGGCGAAGGUUUCUGUCGACAUCACGUUUGCGGUGCGAGAUGGGCGGGGCUUCCUGCUGGGGUCGGAGGUCAGCGAACACCUGAGGAAGCUCAGCCCGGUGGAGUUCAGCUUCUACAUCGGGUUCCCGGCGCUGCAGAUCGCUGAGCCGUUCCAUUACCCCGAGCUGAACACGUCUCACCACCUGCGCUCCACCUGGGUCCGGACAGUGCUGCUGGGCGUGCAGGAGCAGACGGUGUCCGAGCGCAGCUUUAAAGCCCGUCUGGAGCGGCGCCUGGCUCUGCUGCUGGAGGAGAGUCAGCAGGUGCCCAGCAGGGGGCGCUGGAGGAGGGCGAGCGCCGCGGGGAACAGCAGCCUGCAGGUGGUGCGGGUGUCGCUGCUCUCGGGGCCGCAGCGCCCCCUGGAGGUGUUUUACUUCGUGGAGGGUCCAGGUGGGGACCGGGUCCCGGCUGAGACCACCUCGCUGACCCUGAACCGGCUGGACCUGCAGAGAGCUGCCAUCGUGCUGGGGCACCGCGUCCAGAGACCCCUGGCUCAGCCGGUGGAGCUGCUGUCGCCCCCCCCGGCAGAGACCCAGUCCUCCAGCGUCUGGCUGAUCGUGGGGGUUCUGGUCCCGGUGCUGCUGGCGCUCUUCAUCAUCGUCCUGCUCUACUGGAAGCUCUGCGGCUCCGAGAAGCUCGAGUUCCAGCCGGACGCCAUCAACACCAUCCAGCAGAGGCAGAAGCUUCAGGCCCCCAGCGUGAAAGGCUUUGACUUUGCGAAGCUGCACCUGGGUCAGCACAGUAAGGAUGACAUCAUGGUGAUCCAGGAGCCCGGCCCGCCCCCCCCCACCAAAGAGGCCACGCCCUCUGACGGAGGCGACCUCAACACCCCCAAAUCUAAAGGGUCGUCCACCAAGGUGCCGCGGUCCAGCCGCCGCCGGGGCCGGCUCAGCCCGUCAGACGGAGACUCGUUAGGCAGCGACCAAUCGAGCGGCAGGGAAUCGGCAGAGGAGAGCACGCGGGCCGUGGCCACGCCCAGCGAGGGGAAGCACAGGAAGACGCCCAAAAAUGGUCAGAGACACAAGAUGGGCAGUGCUCCAGACGAGCUGCUGUCCUCGUCCUCCAUCUUCGAUCACGUGGACCGUCUGUCUCGCGGCUCGUCUGACGGGACGAGGCGUCAGAACAACAACAAGGUGCAGCUGAUCGCCAUGCAGCCGCGUGUCCCCCAGCCUCACCUGAGCCCCUCCCUCACCGAGAGGGUCAGCCAAGAGGUGGCGCUGCGACACAAGUCAGAAAUCGAGCACCACCGCAACAAGCUGCGUCAGCGCGCCAAGAGGCGGGGCCAGUGCGAUUUCCCGUCCAUGGACGACAUCAUGGACGCCUUCGGGGAGGGUCCGGUUCAGAGCGCGGUGGCACAGCGGCUCUAUAGCUCCGCCCACGACCACAUGGACUGCAUCCUGCAGGCCGACACCCCCCACACGCCCACCGACUCCCACCGGAGGGGGAGGCGCUCUCCUCGGGGUCGGAGGUCUCAGCCCGGACCUGGAAGUCUUCCUGAUACCGACAGAGACCGGCUGCUCACCGACCACAGCGCCACCUACAGGAAGUACCCGGGCCUCAACAACGUGGCCUACAUGUCGGACCCGGAUCUCCCCCCGGACAACGGCAGCCCCUCCCCCACUGACGAGGUGUUUGACUCGGCGCCCCCCCCCCCGCCCUACCUGCCCCCCCAGCCCUCCAUCGAGGAGGCCCGGCAGCAGAUGCUCUGCCUGCUGGACGACGCCUUCGCUCUGGUGUCUCCGUCCUCGGGGGGCAGCGGGGGGGUAAGCGGACCCUCCCCCCGACCCCCCUACUCCGCUGCCUCCCCACACAGCCCCUUCUCCGCGAGGUACGCUGAGCUCGGCAUGUCUCCCACGUCGAUGCAGAACCUGCUGCAGAGGCAGGGCCUCAGCUCCGGAGGGUUUGUUUCCACCGGAGAGCAGGACUCUGUUUACUCCAGCAGGGGGCAGUACGAGGACCCCCCCUCCUCGUCCAGACCGCGACCUGUAGGGGGAAGCACAGGUGCGCAGCUGCACCACCUGACCCAGGUGGGUUUGUCCAGUCAUAUCGGAGUGUACCCCGGGGUCGGUCGCAGCAUGUCCGGACCCACCGGGUCCAGCUGGAACCAGCAGCACUCGGACCAGGACCUGAGCCGGUCCGGAGCCAGCAGAGAGAGCGUUUUGUCGUUUCCUGAGUUUUCCUCCUCCUCAGUUUUCCAGAUGCCCAGCUCCUCGUUGCGGGACCCGUCGGCGCCGCCUCUCCUCCUGACCUCCCCGACCCCGGAGUACCCGCCGGAGGACGCCUCGCCCUCCGCCCACACCUCCGCCUCCCUCAUUAAGGCCAUCAGGGAGGAGCUGCGCCGCCUGGCCCAGAAACAGGUGGCCGUCACCAGCUACCCUUAGACUGGUGGAUCAGGACUCAACUGGUUUCAUCCAUUAUAGUUUUUCACAGCCUAACUCUGG